CCGGCACCACUCCCAGCAAUGGCCUGGGCGCCUCGUGCCAGGAGGCUGCCUCCAGCACGGGCAAGAAGCCCUGCUUCAGCACUGGUCUCGCCGAGAUUCUGCAGUUCAUGGAGCUCAUCGGAAAUCUAAAGCACACCAAACGCACUGGAUGGGUGCUGCGUGAUGUCAACGACUGUGAAUCGAUAUCGGGUCACAUGUAUCGGAUGAGCAUGCUCACAUUUCUGCUAGAUGGCAGCGAGGGACUCAACCAGAUACGGUGCAUGGAACUGGCUCUGGUGCACGACCUGGCGGAGAGUCUAGUGGGGGAUAUAACCCCAUUCUGUGGUGUGUCCAAGGAGGAAAAGAGGGCCAUGGAGUUCAAGGCUAUGGAGGAUAUAUGCAAACUGAUCGAACCCCGCGGCAAGCGCAUAAUGGAGCUCUUCGAGGAGUACGAACAUGCAGAAAGCGCUGAGAGCAGGUUCGUCAAGGAUCUGGAUCGGCUGGACAUGGUGAUGCAGGCGUUCGAGUACGAGAAACGCGACAAUUGUCUGCUGAAGCAUCAGGAGUUCUUCGACUCGACGGAGGGAAAGUUCAAUCAUCCGUUUGUUAAGAAGCUGGUAAACGAGAUCUACGAGCAGAGGAAUGUACUGGCCAAGGCAAAGGGCGCCACACCGCCGCCGGCCAUUGAAGUGCCCAAAAUGGAGUUGCCCCCUCCCAAACUGGCCAACGGGCACAACAGCUCAAGUUGAGCAUAGCAUUACUUCUAAACAAAACAGUCUUAGGCUAGCGCAUUAACACAUCCUCACACAAAACACAACAUGCUCUUAGUUUGUAAGCCAAAAAAAACCCCAAAACUAACAAACUAUUAAGCCUACCUCGACACGCUCUAACAAUUAUCACACGUAAUUUAUUGCCACAAAACCCCCAAAAAAAUAGCAGAAGAAAGGAUGGAAAGGGACUAACUAGACGACCAUCGUUCAUUUUAGACAGACACUUGUUAACCAUUAAUGAAUUCUCCCAUAGUUAAAUUUUCUUUAUGUUAAGCGUA